AUGAGUGAAAAACCCAAAUAUAAAGUUGCUGACAUAUCUCUGGCCGAUUUCGGUCGCAAAGAGAUUAUUAUGGCAGAAAAUGAAAUGCCUGGUCUUAUGGCAUUGAGGAAAAAAUAUGGACCCAUCAAACCUCUUAAAGGAGCAAGAAUUGCAGGUUGUUUACAUAUGACUAUUCAAACAGCUGUACUUAUUGAAACUCUUCUCGAAUUAGGAGCAGAAGUACAAUGGUCAAGUUGUAAUAUAUUUUCAACUCAGGAUCAUGCUGCUGCAGCUAUUGCAAUGAGGGGAGUGCCUGUUUAUGCAUGGAAGGGUGAAACAGAUGAAGAAUAUAUUUGGUGUAUUGAGCAGACACUUGUUUUUCAUGAUGGUCAGCCCUUGAACAUGAUUCUUGAUGAUGGAGGUGAUCUUACUGCACUGGUUCAUGAGAAGUAUCCUCAGUUUUUACCUGGUAUCCGUGGCAUAUCUGAAGAAACCACUACAGGAGUACAUGCUUUGUAUAAAAUGUUGAAUGCUGGAAAAUUGAAAGUUCCUGCUAUAAAUGUAAAUGAUUCCGUUACUAAGAGCAAAUUUGAUAAUCUGUAUGGUUGUCGUGAGUCACUGACUGAUGGAAUCAAGCGAGCUACAGACAUAAUGCUUGCUGGUAAAGUAUGUGUUGUCGCUGGUUUUGGAGAUGUUGGUAAAGGUAGUGCAGCAUCUCUGAGAGCAUUUGGAGCAAGAGUUAUUAUUACCGAAAUUGAUCCAAUUAAUGCACUGCAGGCUGCCAUGGAAGGUUAUGAAGUAACUACGUUGGAAGAAGCCUGUAAAAGUGCUCAAGUAUUUGUCACUACUACUGGAUGCAGAGAUAUUAUAAGAGGAGAACAUUUUAUGGCAAUGAGAAAUGAUUCAAUUGUCUGUAAUAUUGGACAUUUUGAUAUUGAAAUUGAUGUCAAGUGGCUUGAAGUUAAUGCUGUGGAGAAAGUUAACAUAAAGCCUCAAGUUGACAGGUAUAAGCUUCCAAAUGGAAAUCACAUAAUUCUGUUAGCUGAAGGUAGACUUGUAAAUCUAGGCUGUGCUACUGGCCACCCUAGUUUUGUUAUGAGUAAUUCAUUUACUAACCAAGUUAUGGCACAAAUAGAACUAUGGACAAAGCCUGACAAUUAUAAAGUUGGUGUAUAUUUCCUUCCUAAAAAGCUUGAUGAAGAAGUUGCAGCUUUGCAUCUGGAUCAUCUAGGAGUCAAGUUAACCAAAUUAACUGAUAGUCAAGCUGCUUAUUUAUCUCUGAAUAAAGAUGGUCCUUUUAAACCUGACCAUUAUAGAUAUUAGAACUAGUACUGAAAAUGUUGAGGAAAUAAAAAAUAUUUUUGCUAAA